UUAUAUUAUUAUCUAUGAUCAUUGAUUAUUACUUUAUGGUUAUGAGCAUACGUGACAAGAUUCUAUUUUUUUUUUCUGAUUGGUUGAUGAACAAACUUACCAAGUUAUCGAGUACGGAAAAUAGCACAUAAGCUAUCACCGAAAUUCAGGGCACGUUCACGGGUUCAUGCAACAUAGCCACGGUGAUGUUAUUUUCAAUCACUGAAAUCGACAGUGGCGAUCACAGCAGCUACCCAUACGAGAACCAACAGCAAAACAAGCGCCGUGCUUGAACACCAAAUAACACUUAUGUCUUAUCUAUACUUUACUCUUAUCUAUUAUUGUAUAAGCUGAGCCGCCGAGGUGACGGACGAUAGUGCACGUUGUACAAUACGUCUUUACAUUUUUUUAGUAUUACUCGACCAAUAUUCAUUUAUUUAACUAUACAAAGUGUUGUCUUAGGAUAGUGGACGCUAAAUGAAAAUCUAGUUGUAAAUAUUUACUUUUAUUGUGAUAUUUCCAUUAGUGUAUAGGACUCGGGAGUGAUUGCGUGAAAAGCUAUAAAAUGAAAAAAUUAACUCAGUGGGUUGUCGGUGUAAAUGUAUUAUCUAUAUUAUGGUUAAGUUUACUUUUUAACCAGUAUGAUAGUAAAAUUUCCAAGGAAUACUUCGUAAUCAUACAAUUUCUUCCAAUUAUUUUACUGAUUUCUUUUGGAGUGCUCUCAUUGGCAAUUAUAUUGUAUCGAGUGGCUACUUUCAAUGAUUGCAAAUCGGCUGCAGAGGAAUUACAAGAGGAAAUAAAAGAAGCAAGAACAGCCCUUCGACAAAAGGGAUUUAAAUUUGAUUAAUACUUAUAAGUAUAUAUAUUUACUUGCAACAACGGAG